AUGAGGGUUUGUACUCAUCAAAAGAUUGACUGCCAAAAAGAGAAUCCUAAGAGCCUUGCAAAACGGGGCUCGUCAGAGAGUUUAGCAAACGCAAACUCAAACAUAGUGGGGGAAAGUACCCACAAAAAUCUAGCAAAUACAGACUCGAACCGAGUGGGGGUUUGUACUCACAAGAGCCUUACAAAAGAAGGUUCGGAUCAGAUGAGGGAGAAUCAUGCACACCGAAGGAUCGGCUACCUCACCAAAGGAGCAUCUUGCACACUGAAGGAUCGGCUACUUCUCCAAAGGAGCAUCCUGCAAACCGAAGGAUCGGCUACCUUACCGAAGGAGCAUCCUGCAGGCCAGAAGGAUCGGCUACCUCACCAGAAGGAGCAUCCUGUACACGAAGGAUCGGCUACUUCUCCAAAGGAGCAUACUCCAAGCCAGAAGGAUCGGCUACCUUACCAGAAGGAGCAUCCUGUAGGCCAGAAAGAUCGGCUACCUCACCAGAAGGAGCAUCUUGCAAACCAAAGGAUCGGCCACCUCAUCGAAGGAGCAUCCUACAAAUCGAAGGAUCGGCUACCUCUCCGAAGGAGCAUCCUAAGGCUUCACACUCGUCAGCUACGGG